UUUAUAAUAAUUAAAUACAAUACUAACAAGUAAAGUAUCUAGUAUUGAUAAAUGUGCUAGUGAAAAUGUAUACAAUGAUGACGUCGUAAUAUAAUCGAUUUUUUUCCAUUUUAUUAUCCCUUCCAUAACACAUCACAUUCUACCUGUGCACUACAUUAGUCUUUGCAGGUGAAGCAUCGAACUUAAAUUAAGGAAGAUUUGAACGCAGUGCUGUAAAGAUCUUUCAACUCGUAACGAAUGGUCUAAAAGAUAAUGGACAUAUUUGCUAUGAUUAGAAUUUGGUCUAUCACCUACUUCCUGCUGCUAAUAGCGUCUUUACAUAAUGUACUCGCGUCGCCAUGCUAUAGCUGUAUGGAUGCUAAAAUGUAUUCUAAUGAUAAUUUCAUAAAGACUUUUCUGCAGGUCAAUUCAAAAGUACUAAAGAGUACAAACUGCAAAUCUCUUGAUAAUCAUACUCCAACUUCGCCUUGUGUAUCUAAUGCCGGAGCGAAUCCAUUCGUCGAUGAGAAAUGUGGAACAUUUAAUGGAAAAGUCAAAAUUGCCAUACGCCGUUCAUACUCCCCAUUACCUGGCUACCUAUAUAUAGAUGGUAUGUUUCGCCAAUGUGUUGGAGUGGUACAAUCAUACAAGAAUAAAUGUUAUGGCAAUGAAAAAGAAAUGCAUCACAUUAUGGAUAAAAACUUAUUUAUAUAUCAAUUUCUAAAAGCAAAUUUCAAGUCCAAAUCUUAUAAUAUAUCUACAAUUUCCGGCUCCUUUUGUUUAUGUGAAGGUGAAUACUGUAAUAACGAUUGCAAUAAUGGAUUUUGGUUUCAUAAAAAAGCAAAUUGCCUCAAAUAUUGGGUUGUUGGUUUGAUAGCUGCAGGAGGAUUACUAGUGAUAGUAGCCGUUAUCUUAUUUAUAAAAUUUAUUCUUAAACGAUCACGAGGUAAAACUUCAGCAGUUCAACCUAACUCUAACGCUACUGGAGCAUCAAUGACACCAGGAAUAGCAUUAACAGUUCCCAGUGGUCAAACAGCCACUAAGAGCCGAGAUUGUAGGUUUAAAUAAUUGAAAUAUGAUUAAAAACUUAUAUCAUUUUAUUUUAUCACUUAGACCCAAUUGCAUCACCAUUGUAUACAGAAUAUCCACAAAGUGAACCUCCACCCUACAAUGAUUCUCAUUACGAGAGCUUAGGCCCUCAUUAUUAAAUAAGAACGAUCGUGAUGAGUUAGUGUAUGACUCUUUUUCUUUUUUUCUACCAAAAAAACUUUGAGUUUUAUCACUUUUCUUGUAAAUUUAAAUCCAGUGCCAUGUUCGAUGUGUUAUAGAAGAAUGACAUAAAUUUAAACCGACUUUAUUUUUAACUACAUUCAAACAUAAUUUGGUUUGUCUAUGAAUAAAAGUUUUAUCAUUGUCGUUGUAUUCCCAUGUUUGACUACUUUUGGAAGAGUAUAAACAUUGCCCCAUUAUAAUGUCAUUACUUUCCUUUUCCCAUGUCCAACAAUACUCCCAAUUAUGAUUUCGAAUUUCUCCUAUAGUCGUCAAAAACCAUAUUAAUUUUUUAUCUUUAGAGCAUGGCGA